CCCCUCCUAUUCCCUUCAUCCACGUAUACAUACCACGCCUCAAGAUGUCAAAAAUAGUCAAGUUUGAGGGCCACAACUACUUUCGUCAAAGGCUGGUCCUUGCGACGCUCUCGGGAAAGAUUCUGAAGAUUGAAAAGAUUAGGUCAAACGAUGCCAACCCUGGUCUUAGAGAUUUCGAGGCUAGUUUUCUGAGAUUGCUGGAGAAGGUCACCAACGGAGCUACGAUCGAGAUCAGCUAUACAGGUACUUCGAUCGUCUAUAAGCCAGGAGUGAUCGUUGGAGGAAAAGUGUACCAUGACUGUGGAACGUCCAGAGCCGUUGGAUAUUUCCUGGAGCCCCUUAUUGCUCUUGGACCCUUCUCCAAGGCGCCCAUGAAUGUUACCUUGAACGGAAUCACAAACGACAAUGUCGACAUUUCCGUUGAUACCAUACGUACAGUUUUGCUCCCACAAUUGAAGAAGUUUGGUAUUGAGGAAGGACUAGAACUCGAUAUCCCUAGUCGUGGAGCGCCACCAAACGGAGGAGGCAAGGUCAUAUUCCGGUGCCCGAUCGUCCGCAGCUUGAAGCCCGUUCAGUUCACAGAUGAAGGACGUAUCAAGCGAAUCCGUGGCGUCGCUUACUGCACGCGCGUGGCGCCUCAGUUUUCGAACCGUAUGGUCGAUUCCGCAAGAGGCGUGCUCGACUAUGUGAACGACAUCAACAUCGCAGCAGUACAUUAUCAGGGCGACAAGUCCGGUCUCUCACCAGGGUUCGCCAUCUCAUUGUUGGCAAAGACGACGACAUCGGCGUUCUACUCUGCAGAGCUUGCGGGAGGACCGGGUCAGACACCCGAGGAUAUUGGAUUGCAAGCGGCACGCAUGUUGUUGUCAGAGAUCCGGAAGGGAGGAUGUGUGGAUUCGAUCUCACAGACAUUGGUGCUGUUGAUGAUGGUAUUGGGCCCAAACGAUGUCAGCAAAGUGCGUGUGGGCGAUUUGACCCCAUUCACAAUCCAAUAUAUGCGCGACUUGCAGGACUUCUUCGGCUCAACGUUCAAGAUCACACAGGAGACGGAUAAGGACAAGACAGUUUUGGGCGCAGCACCCGACACGCUGGUAAUGACUUGCGUCGGUAUCGGUUAUGUCAACACCAACAAGAAGACGACUUAAUUGUGAAAAAAAAAAUUUGUCUUUGAGGAAGGACGCGUUCGGCAUCAUUUCUUUUCACCUAAUAAAAAAAACCAUUCAUUUGCAUUGUACCCAUCUAUUCUCG